AUGGAACAACUCCAUACUUCCAACGUACUAACACGUAAAUGGUACUUCUGUUUCCUCUUGAUCUCUAUAUUUUCGAAAGUCGAACCGUCAACCACACCAGACGCAAAUUUACUAUGCAUUAGUGAGUGUGGCACGUGUCCUGUCAUAUGUUCUCCACCACCUUCACCACCUGCCCAGUCAAAGCCACCGUCGCUGCCCAUUGAGUCAAAGCCGCCACCAUCACCAUCAACCGACGACUCAGAGCCACCACCAUAUCUGACUCCCAUAUAUCAUUCAACUCCACCACCACGACCACAGCCUACGCCUUCAUCUCCUCCACGCACUAAGUCAUGUCCACCACCGUCGUACAUCACAAUGGGUACCAAUGCACCUCCACCUCCGCCUCCCCCCAAAGUGGUGGUUGUUCCUUCGACUCAGGUUCCGGCUGUCGAACCAAAGAACAAUCCAUAUCCGUAUUACUACUUCUACACCUCGAAGGGUGUUACUUUUUCUGUUGAUUUUACGGGUUUUGUUAUUGUGUUCUUGUCCUUUCAUGUCAUCUUUCUUUUGCUCGGGUGA